CAUAACCAUUUUUAUUUCCGUGAAUAAUGAUCUGGGGAUGAUAAACAAACGCUUUUGCCCUUUUUGUUGUGUUUUGUUGCGUGUGCAAACCACAAAGUAAUCACCUUUAUUAGAUUGUUGUCUCUUGUGCUGCGAUCACUGCUACAGAGAGAGCGAGAGGGGAAAGGGAGGAUGGAGGAGGAUCAAUUAGAUUAUAUACUGGUUCCAAUGGGUCUGUUGGUUUUGGGUUUAUACCAUUGUUGGCUCCUCUUUACCAUACUUGGCCAUCCGAAACGCACUGUCAUUGGCGUCAACGCAGAGUCUCGGAAACAAUGGGUUUUCUUCAUGAUGGCUGAUCCUCUGAAGAAUGGUGUUUUAGCAGUUCAAACAAUAAGGAACAAUAUAAUGGCUUCUACACUUUUGGCGACAACAGCAAUCACUCUUAGCUCAAUUAUCAGUGUUUUUGUGAGUGGCACAUCAAAUUCCAGUAACACAACAUCGGCACUGGUGUACGGAAAUAAGACUGGUAUUAUCUCUUCAAUCAAGUACUUCACGAUAUUGCUCUGCUUCCUUGUUGCGUUUCUUUGCAAUGUACAGUCUAUUAGAUACUACGCCCAUGUCAGCUUCUUGGUUACCGUGCCUAGCUCAAAGGGGAACAACGAUUCCAUCCAGUAUGUCGCAAGAAACUUGAAUCGAGGAAGUUUGUUUUGGUCACUUGGAUUGCGAGCUUUCUAUUUUUCAUUCCCUCUCUUCCUGUGGACUUUUGGGCCUAUACCAAUGUUUGUGUGUUGCUUCAUUAUGUCAUUUGUUCUCUAUUUCUUGGACACCACUACGAGUUUCACGCGACAACUUCACACCCUCUCCUUCAGAGAGGAAGUAAAACGCGACAAUGUGGAAUCGGUUGGUCAAUCUCCGUAAGUGCUGUUAACUAGUGCAAAUCUUACACCUGUAGUUGGCUACCUUGAUUUUGAGCAGCUAUUUUUGUUUAUAUGAGCAAGUCUUAAUAUAACAAAUUCAUUGGUAUUUCCUAUUCACAACUGUAAAAAAAAAAAAAAAAAAUCCCUUCGACUCCCUAUUUGUCCUAUUUGUUUGAUAAAAUCAAUUAUCUAUGCUGUAAACUUGUGCGAAUUUGUAUCUUUAUAUGUUUGUUUGAACUGUA